UGAAGAGACCCCGAGCCUCUGAAGUGAGAUCCCCCUCCUCUUCUCCCCAAAACCAGAGAAGAGCAGCAUUUUCACAGACACCCCCUUGAGCAGGACGGGGCAAGAGUGGUGGGACCAGGAGCCAGAUCAAAGGGGGAGCUGUGGAUUGAUGUUCACGCAUCUCUUUCAUGUGUGGAGGACGAGUGUCCACCUGGGAAACAUCCCGUCACAUCUCAUCUCCAACAGCUGACUCUCUGCCCGCGGCAUCUGCAGGGUUCAGUGACUCCUGCUUCAGGGCCAUGUAUGUCCACCAGGAACGGCUUGUGCUGGACUGCCCUUGUCCACUCAACUCCCUGGCCAACAGCUAUGGACACUACCCGCAUGAAUGGAAGGACUCCAUCCACCGCAGCGAGCGCUGCGACAGCGCCGAGGUCAGCGGCGGCGAGGCGGAGGUCACCUCGCUCCCGGUUCACGUGUCGCUGCAUGGGCGCGAUCUCUGGGACAAAUUCAGCAGCGUCGCUACGGAGAUGCUGAUUACCAAAACCGGCAGGCGCAUGUUCCCCAGCUGCAAAGUCACAGUGACGGGGCUCAACCCGAGAGUCAAGUACGUGGUGAUGAUGGACAUGGUGCCGUCUGAUAAUAACAAGUACAAGUGGUGCACGGAUCACUGGGAGACGAGCGGCGCGGGCGAGCCCCGCCUGCCCGACCGCUUCUUCAUCCACCCCGACUCGCCCGCUCUGGGCGAGAGGUGGAUGCAGUACCCCAUCUCCUUCCACAAGCUCAAACUCACCAACAACGCCCUCAACUCCAACGGCCUGCAUAUUGUCCUCCACUCGAUGCACAAGUACCAGCCUCGAUUGCAUAUAGUCCAGGCUCCGGAUCCCUGCGGGGGCUAUCUGCGCUUCACCCUUCCCGAGGCCGCCUUCAUAGCAGUCACAGCCUACCACAACCACGAGAUCACCAAGCUGAAGAUUGACAACAACCCCUUCGCCAAAGGGUUUCGUGACGAUGGCCUUAACAGGAAAAGGUUCAGAGACAAAGUUAUCCAGGCCAAGCACAAGCCAAGACAUCACCUGAACAGGACUCAAAGCCAUGAAGCAGCAGGGCCGCUGGACACACAAGAGAAGGCGGAUGAAACUGUCUCCAGCUCGGUGGACUUUGCUAAGUCCUUGCGUCUGCCGGACAUGAAGGGGCCUCCCUCGGCCAUCUCCAACCCCUUCAUAUGCGCUUUUAUGAAUUCGGGGGGUGUGGGGCCAGAAACCUGGAGCCAGACCCAAGUGCCCCAUCAGACCCAACGAGCGCCCAGCCCCAAUGCCAGGGCCUUCAGCAGGUCUGAUGAAGUCAACCCCAACAGGCUCCGGUACGUUUGUGCCUCUCUGCCAGUAAUUCAAAGCACCCGAGCCCCAUCUCCCAGUGAGCAGUGGAGCUACACCAGACCUCCCCCUGCCCAGGCUGGCAUCCAGAACCCGGCUCCCAGUCACCACAUCCGCCCCGCCCUGACCGGACUCCCCUCACCCCAGCCAGAGCCCCGUCCUGACCCAGAGCAGCCUCUACCUCUGCCCCCCAAAGUGAGGAGCCUGCAGCUGCCUAAAAUCGCCCUCAGGAGCCUGGAAGCGAUCGCCACCUCGGCCCGCGCCGGCCCACGACCCCUGGCCAACAUCCUGAACAGGAUCCACGCACGGGUGGCAGCUUCCAGCAGUCCAGGCAGGGCUCUGCAUGUCCAAGCCCAACACGAGCAGGCGGCCUCGGGCUCGGAGAGGGCUGCGAGGACCCCGUGUUUGCCAGCUGCUCAGGACUGCGGCGCAGGGUUUUGCACUGAACAAUCCUUUGGGCUGUUGGAAUGGUCGGGUUUUACUGGGGACACGGGAGAGAGACAGUACCGUUGACCCCAGCUCCAGUACUAUGCUUCACUACAGUGGAGAGAGAUGUGAAAAGCUUUUUAUGGUUAGUUAGAACUUUUAAGGACUCUCAGGAGGAAAACCGUAACUAAAACGUUUGGCUAAAAUCACCUUAUACUGCGCAUGUACUUUGUUUUCAUAGUCAGUCCUCCAGUACAUCCAGAUUCUGUUUUUUACUUUUUAUAUUUUUACGUUACUGAUGAGUAAUGAUCUAGUUCAAACGCUCUUGUACGUUAGUCUACUACACAAGAAUUUAACAGUGAUUCCUUUUAUGCAUCUAUUUCAUGUAUAAAUUUAAAUAUUGCAGAACUCUGCAAUUUGUU